GGUCGUUCGGUCGGUCGGUCGGUCCGGUCGGACGGUCGCCUUCUGCCUGUUCCCUGUUACCUGUUACCUGUUACCCGUUCCCCCCCUGUCCCCCCUUCUUGCCCCUCCGUGUGCCUACAAUUCCCCUGGCAAUCUUAUAUGCGUAGUUGAUCUCUUUAGUUCUUCAUCACUGGUCUACAUAUUUAUACCCAACAGAUUUUUUAACAAUUGGUAAAAAUACCACUACCAAGUACACGAGCACAUCGGUUUAUGAAAUAUAAAAUUUGGUAAUAUAUUCUAUGAUCGGUUAUAGAUCGAACAGAGAAAGAAAGAAAGAAAGGAAGACAGACAGACAGACAGAAACCGACCAGUCAGAGAGGAGGGCAGGAAGGGAGUUGUGUGUUUCUCGGAGUGCCUUAAAAAACAGUGCCGUGCCUAAACAGAGUAUGUAAACUACACAGAUACAUAUAUUAUAUAUUUAUGUGUAUAUAUGACUAUAUACACUAUCCGUGUGUGCCUUCUAAAUUUUUGAGAAAACGAAAAGAGGAGACCUCUUCUACAUGUUCAUGAAUAAAAUAACUGAACAAAUAAUUCGUAAGGAAGACUAAGGAAGGUAUACACAUGAUAAGAAGAGAGAAUAGGAAAAAAAACUUGGACCAUUGAUGAAAUUAAAGGUUUUCAAGUUAUCGGAUACAAAGUACAGAGGGAGAGAGAGAAGACAACAAUAUCAAAAACGACAAAAAGAGAAUCCACCUAUAUGCUACGUGGAAAGAAAAAAGGACAAAAGAAGUAAUUUUGAGUAGAUGAUCGUCGUCUGUUGAUUUUUCAAAUCAAAUUGUUUAUCGAUAUAUAUAUGUAUAUUUAUAUAUAUACAUAUACCUAGAUUUAUAAUUGUUGUUGUCCAGUAGUAUAAAGGUGGUGUGUAUAAGACUAUAAAGGUUCCAAAAUGGCGCUUAACCAGGACGUGGACCAAUUGAAGUCGAGCUUAGUGGUUCGUAUAGAUCAAAAUUCCGAAUCAGAUCUCCAAGCAUUAUUUGACAGCGUUUUAAAACCUGAUGCUAAAAGACCUCUGCAAGUACCACUUCGUAUGAGGAAUUUACCAGAUUCAUUUUUUAACCCACCAUCAACCGGGAGCAAAUCACCUUCCAUAAGUCAUUCACGUGAAAACAGUGCCGAUUCGGCAUUCGGAGCAACCGGUGGUGGUUCUGGUGCAAGUAGUGGUUGCGUUUCUUCGGGAACAACAGGAACCGGUGCUGGUGCUGGCGGUGGUACAAGUUGUACCACUAAUUCAGCUGGUACACCUGGUUCUGGUGCUGGUGUUGGUGGAACCGCCGGUUCAACUGUUGCUUCAAAUAAUGGCCUCACAGUUUCACAUCCCAGGGCACACAGCAGCCCUGCUUCUUUACAACAAACUUACGCGUCGGCACAACAAGCUCAACAACACACACCACAACCUCAUCCUCGUCAUCAUCAUCACAAACAACGCAGCUAUGACGUUAUCAGUACCGUCGACGAUCUUGGACCUCUUCCUCCAGGGUGGGAACAGGCGAGAACACCCGAGGGACAAGUUUACUUUUUAAAUCACAUGACACGGACCACAACGUGGGAAGAUCCACGAAAAACUGCGGCUGCUGCUAGUGUGGCAGCCGUAGCUGCAGCUGUAGAAAGUGGUACCAAAAAUUCUAGUGCAGCUACAAGUUCGUUGGGACCUUUGCCUGACGGAUGGGAACAGGCGCGAACACCUGAGGGAGAAAUAUACUUUAUUAAUCAUCAAACUCGCACCACGUCUUGGUUCGAUCCUCGAAUUCCUACACAUUUACAGCGUGCUCCAACUUCUGGCGCUAUGCUCCCGCAAACAUGGUUACAGCAGCCUGGUGCAGGAGGAAUUCAAAGCAGUCAAACAAUUCAGGCAUGUCAACGUCUCCAUUCCCUCCAGUUAGAACGAGAGCGCCUGAAACAGCGACAGCAAGAAAUAAUGAGACAGCAGGAACUUAUGCGGCAAACUACUACCGAAGUGGCAAUGGAUCCGUUUUUAUCAGGUAUAAAUGAGCAGCAUGCCCGUCAAGAAAGCGCGGAUAGUGGUUUAGGUCUUGGUUCAGCCUAUUCGCUUCCUCAUACACCUGAGGAUUUUCUGGCUAACAUAGACGAUAAUAUGGACGGCAGAAGUGAAGGAGCACCCAUGGAGACGCCUGACUUAUCUACGUUAAGCGACAACAUAGAUUCGACGGACGACCUCGUACCUUCGCUUCAGCUAGGGGAAGAAUUCACCAGUGAUAUUUUGGACGACGUUCAAUCAUUGAUAAAUCCCAACACUAGUAAAUCUGAAAACGUAUUAACGUGGCUGUAGUGUGAGAUGACAAGGAUUGGUCAAAUCUCAUGGUAAGAGAGUCUUUGAAACUGCAUUAAUAUUAUGGCGUGUACGUUGAAACUGGAAAUUAAUAGGUAUAUUCUAGAACAAUGAAUUUGCAGUGGUAACCGCGUGGUGUACGUGCUUAAGUUGUUCGUAGAUCUGUAAAGAUUCUACUUCAAACGUAUAAUAACAUUUUUUUUACAAUUUUUUUUUAUCAGAGGCCUGAUAGUAUCAUGUUGAACAUCCUGCUCAACAAUUACAAUUACAUACAUGUGUGGAUUAGCAGCCUCGUGUAUAUAAUUUUAGCAAUGUUGUAUCGUUGAGACCACACAAAAAGGAACAAAGAGGAAAAAAAAGUAUCUCGACAAUAACUACAGAAAAAAUACGUAAUCUUAAGUUCAUAGAAGAAAACUUUCAGAGAGUAACAUAACAUUAGUAUUGAUUUUAGAAAGAGAAAAAAAACUACUCCCUCCCCUUCCCCCGAUAUUUAGAGCGUCAAAUUUGAUCAUCGCUAAAUGUUUGUAUUCAUGGUGCUGAAUAAUUGAAGAAGAAGAAAGGAAAAUUCAUUAGUAUUUUGUUAAGUAUUAUAAGAUGUUUUACAAAGUUAUUAGCUAUCAUUAAUUUGAGAAAAUUAACCACGACAACAACGUAUUAUUUCAUAUGUAUAUUCAUACGUUACUCGUUGAGGCUGUGCUGUAUAGCGUUAAAUAUGAAUACAUUAUUUGUUCGCAUAAACUUUGUACAGCCAGUCGUGGUCAAAUGAUGAAGAGACAGAAAAACACUUAUACGCGUCCAAUCAAGACAGAUGUCGCUCGGCAUUAUUCUCUUUAGAGUUUAUAAUCUUUCCCAAGACACAAUAUCUAUAACUUGUGUUCGUUGAUCCAGGACUAUUUUGAUUUUCGACUAAGAUUCCAUAAAAUCAUUACUUGAAACAGUCUUGAAUGAUUUAAAAAACAGUUCUGAUAUCAUGACAUAUCAAAAAUAAGAAUCUUUCAAGUUAUGAAUAAGUUAGAAAGAAUUAUACCAUUCACAAACGUAGUUCAUACACUACAGCAGUAAAACGUAACAUUAACAUGCAGAAAAUUUUAAACUUUACUUUGUAAAAUUAUUUUUUCUGUCAACUUGCCUGAAAAAUCAAAAAAUCAAUGCUAGAACUAUAAUAUUUUGGUGUAUUUUACACGUAAUGUGUCCGGGUCCAGCAUGAAUCUGUUCUUGGGAGAGUAAAAUAAAAAGGGAGAAGAGAUAAAAAAUAUUUUUCAACUAAUGACGUAGAUUUUGUCAAAAAUAUCUAAAAACGUCGACGAUCCAAAAAAAGAAUUGUUGUUUCUUUGUUCUUUCUGUUUUGGAAACACGUGGAUGAAUAAUAAGUGCCUUGGCUUUUGCAAUUAAACAUAUUGUUUCUUGAAAGCAAUAACCGUCCAUACAGAAUGUUUGUUUAAAACGAGUGUCAAUUGUUAACGACAUGAGUUUAAUAUUUCAAUUACCCACGAAAUAAUGAAUAUAUAUAUAUAUAUAUUUUUUUUAUAUAUAAAGUCUAUACUUGUUACGGAUAAAUUGCAGUUAUUGGUAUGCGACCUGUUAGAAUAAAAAUUUCCCCUUACAUUUUAUACUGUUCACAGAUAUAUGAAAACGAAAAAUUAAAUACAAAUAAGUAUCGUAUUCAUAGAAUAAUAUCUAAAUACUAUAGAUUUAAGAUUAACAAACCUUGCAAGUUUAGAAAUUAGAGAUCAACUAACACUAAUCAAAGUGUAAUAUUUGUUUUUCUAAGGAGUACGACGAUAUGAAAAAAUUGUCAACGGUUUAGUCGACGAAACUGAUAUUAUGCAGCAUCUAUAUGUGUAUAUAUAUAUUUGCUGGUAUAUAUAUAUAUAUGCAUAUGAUUAAAUUUAGUUAAUUGAUGAUUAUUGGCGUAGCACCUUUUGCUUAGCGAUCUAAUUGCCGAUGAAUUAUUUUAUUCCUUGGUAAUUAUUCUGUUCCAUUUUGUGUAGUGUAAUUUGAAAUUUUAAACGGUGCUUCGAUUUUUUAUUUUAAAUAAUUGAACUGAAAUUAUAAAAUGUGCUCUAGGGGUCUACUGCAAUAUGGGAGACUACGCCAUUGUUCAAUGUUGUUAAUCAACACCAGCUAUGAAAUUGAUGUUUUCAGACUGCUCUCCGUUUUUCUGUAAAGAAAAACUUUGGAGAUGCUGAUGCUAGCGAUUUUUGUUUUUUCAUUUGUACGCUAAUAUUUCAAUUUUUAUAACAUUAGUUGUACAGAUACCAAGUAUGCCUUAUAAUUAUAAAUAUGAAUAUCAUUGGAUUCAUUUACAUUUGUUACAUUUGUAUUAUAGGACUGAAAUUUUACAAAAUGAUAUGAUAACUUGUAAAAUUGUAUAAUCCUGAAUAUUAUCAAUCAUUUAUCAAUGAGUAAAUUACCAACAAGAAUUGCGAAGGUGUUUAUUGGAAAUGAUUUGAAAAGUGUAUAGAUAUUUAGAAAACGUGAUCAGCUUCUGUUUAAUUUUGAGAAAGAAAGCCAGUAAUAAUUUAUUUCAAAUCAUCAGCUCGUUAAAAAUUGCAUUUUUGAUAAUUUACAGGAGUCAUACGAUUUAAAGUAUAGGAUAACUGGGUUACAAAGUUUCACGUAAAAAGGUUUUAUACUAUUGAUGUACGAUUUUUCUUUAAAAAGUGGCGCGAGCAAAAUUUGGCUCGUAUAGUUAAAUGAGAACAACGAUGCUUCGUGAGAAAUGAUAUACAUCAGAGCUAUUCAUGGCAAUGUACUCAACAAUGAUCUCACUGACAGAGCAAAAAAUCCGGCUCUCAUUUCCGAACGUUUCAGUCUAGCUCACAAUAAAGGGACGUUUAAAUUUUUAUUUUGAACCUAUUAAAGUUUUACAGUAUUACAGCUAUUUUUGCGAAAACUUUUUAAUCGUGUAAUCCUCUAUAAUUUCAUAAUUCACACGUUAUCAAUAUUAUUAACGUUACAUGAUUAUGAUAUGUUCGUAGCUUGUUGGUGAAAUUAUGUUCCAUAAGUGUUUUCCUCGUUCGAGAAAUAGGAAACCGACUCAUUUUCGGGAGAAAAAUAAUUAUAUUUGAAAAGUCACUGCAAAAGCAAGCGAAUAUAAAAUAAUUCUUAUGGAACAUAAUAUCACGCACAAAAACAUCUGAGAUUAUUCUACACGCCUAUAUACAAAAAAGAAAAGAAUUAAUUGUUUGAUAUCAGUAUUUAAAAUAUGCUCAUUGGCAAUCAUUUGUGACGUACAUUUUUAUAUUGUUAUCAAGUGCCUUAGUAAUAAUGAUAAUAAUUACUUACAUACGAUAUAAGUAGGAUUAAUUUUGUCCAGGUCUACGUCAACCAUUCAGUUUUUAUCAAUGCACGUGCCUUUUAUUUGAAUUAUAUCAUACUCUGAUAACUUUUAUUGUUGAAUAAAAAUGGCAAAGAAUUCAAGAGAUUUUGUAUCUUGUAUUUCGUAUGCAUCAACUGAGGGUCAGACGUAAGCCGAUCAUUGUUUUCGUAUGAAAUGCGUGUUUCAUUGUCUGUAAACAAUUCAAAAUCAAACAUUGCUGGGAUAUUCUUUUUAUUAGGCAUUUAUUUUACUCUCUGGCAUUGAACUAGAGUCGAACCAAAAUUAAAUUGAUGUAAAACGAAACUUGCUUGACUAGGAUUUAUAAAUAUUAUCCACUAACUGCACUCAACGUGCCACUAAAGACAUUGAGCUCACGUUAAAUGUAUUAUGUAUAAUUGCUGAGUCAAGUAAUAUUUAUAGUUUUGGUUUAAGAUUCGUUGAGUCAUUCAUUUGGUGAAGAACCGAAAUGAUUGUACAUAGAACGAUUUAUGUUGAAUAUUGAUGAUAAUUGAUUUUGAACUGCUCUUGUAACCCAAUGCAAUGAAGUACCUACAUCUAAUGUUGUGAAGUUUUUCUACCUUCUAGAUAAUAAACAUGCAUACAUGGA